CUCACCGCCCGCCUGAUCAUCCCACGGCGCCAGCUGCUCGCUCGAUCCCAGCAUACGUACGUGCUGAAUCGAAUCGAAUCGGAUCGGUUUCCGAUCGAUCUCUCCCGAUCUCCUUCUCGCGCCGUCCGCCUCGGAUUCAUCGGCGGGGCGGGAUGGAUCUGGAGCAGCGGCCGGAGCCGAGGAAGAAGGCGGCGGGGCUGGCGGCGCGCGACGCGUCCGGCCACCUCUCCCCGAUCACCAUCGACCGCAGGAGCACUGGGGACGAUGACGUUGCUAUAAAGAUUCUCUACUGUGGGAUCUGCCACUCCGACCUGCACAGCAUCAAGAACGAGUGGAAGAGCGCCGUCUACCCUAUGAUCCCUGGGCACGAGAUCGCCGGCGUGGUGACGGAGGUUGGCAAGAGCGUGACCAAGUUCAAGGCCGGCGACAGGGUCGGCGUGGGCUGCAUGGUGAACUCGUGCCAGUCCUGCGAGAGCUGCAACAAUGGCUUCGAGAACCACUGCCCAGGGACCAUCUUCACCUACAACUCCGUGGACAAGGACGGCACCGUCACCUACGGCGGCUACUCGAGCAUGGUGGUGGUGCACGAGCGCUUCGUGGUCCGCUUCCCGGAGUCCAUGCCGCUCGACAGGGGCGCGCCGCUGCUCUGCGCCGGCAUCACCGUGUACAGCCCCAUGAAGUACCACGGCCUGAACGUCCCCGGGAAGCACGUCGGCGUGCUCGGCCUCGGCGGGCUCGGCCACGUCGCGGUGAAGUUCGCCAAGGCGUUCGGCGCGAAGGUGACGGUGAUCAGCUCGUCGCCGGGGAAGGAGGAGGAGGCGCUCGGGAGGCUCGGCGCCGACGCCUUCGUUGCCAGCAAGAACGCCGACGAGAUGCGGGCCGCGACGGGCACCAUGGACGGCAUCAUCAACACCGUGUCCGCCAACAUUCCCAUCGCGCCGCUGCUGGGUUUGCUGAAGCCCAACGGCAAGAUGAUCCUCGUCGGCCUUCCGGAGAAGCCCAUCGACAUCCCUCCCUUCGCUCUGGUCCUGCGGAACAAGACGCUGGCCGGGAGCUGCGUCGGCGGCAUGGCGGACACGCAGGAGAUGAUCGACCUGGCGGCGAAGCACGGCGUGGCGGCGGACAUCGAGGUGAUCGGCGCGGACUACGUGAACACGGCCAUGGAGCGCCUCGCCAGGGCUGACGUCAGGUACCGCUUCGUCAUCGACAUCGGCAACACCCUCAAGGACCCCGCCGCCGCCGCCGCCGAGUGAGUGGGCGGGCGUGGCCGGACGUCCGCUCCACUGCUAUCUGUGUCCAUUCUGCUGGAUUGGGCCAAAAUUAAAAACAAACGGUCUCUGAUUGAUUUUCUCGUGAGUGAUGUUUUGUGAAGAUGCUUUUGUUGAAAUUACGGUGAUUGUGUGGCGAUAUAUUUGUAAAUUAUAAAUAAUUUAUGAAUAAAAAGUGCUUAGUGAGCUAAAAUCAUGAUUGGAUGAGAUGAAAACCCCUAAAAUC